GUCCAGACUGCAGGACAUACACAAAGUUUCUCUGUAGGUCAGAGAACUGCUCACAUGCUCUGAAUAGCACCAUCAGCCAACACGCAGCCAAGGAAACCCACAAACACUCCGGAUUCAAAUCCCCCUGCUCAGGGGACACACAGAGGUGAACAAAAGAGCUCUGGCUUUGGGCUUAAUGCUCAGAACUUAUUUAGACUAGAGCAGAAAAAGACGUAACAAGGCGGCGUGUCACCUUCAGCAUCAUCAACAACAAUUUUUUUUUUAAUGUGCAAACUCUCUCUGAUAAGCAACAAACACGACAACAGAAGCAACAUGUGCACCAAGAUGUGGAUCCUGUGGAGUAUCCUUGUGCUAGCUUCUCUCCUCCAAGACAAGAGCACCAUCUCCUCUGCCGGCAGUAGCACAACGCCAACUGGAACUAAAAGCCAACAACCCACUUCACAAACUGAGUCUAUGAGCAAGAUCACCACAACUAACACAUUAGGAACCACUAAUAAACCAUUACCACCACCAGCACCAAAAACUACACCAAUUCCAACACCCCAACCUCCUUCUCUUGGAGACAGUACUUCAGGACCAACCUCUAGUACCCAGUCACUCUCCCAAACCACAAAGCAAGCGACAUCCACUUUAUCUGCUCUUCCACAAGUCACUCCUACUACUCAGAGCAAGAAACACUCGACCGAACCUCCGACAAAUGAAAAGCAGAACAGCAGCACCACUUCAGUAUCACAUCCAACAACUAUAAAUGUUGCACAAAGCAAAACAGUGGCACAGAUUAGCUUAAGUACUAAUGUUCCAAACACGACACAACACAGUACAGUCUCUCCUACCACUACUACAGGAACUCUGAACACAACUACUAGUGUUCCGCUAAAUCCCACCUCCACUGCCACUAGUCCGGGAGUCAUCGAUACCAAAACUUCAGGAACUACCAAAAACCCUAGCACUGCUCCAGGAACUUCGUUAACAUCUACUGCCACACCUUCUAAACACGAUACAACAAAUUCUGCAACAGUUACAAAAUCUGCAAAUGGAGGAGAACCCUCCAAGCCCCAUACAUCAGGAACGUCCCGUACGACAAGUCCAGAAACAACAACAACAACAAAAAAACCAGCAGAAACGGAAAGAAAAACAGAAGCAGCCCCCAAAUCAGAACAAUUCAAUACGACCGUAACUCCUGUGCCGACUGGGGACACGCACGAAAAAGUUUGUGCCCAGCUCAUGAGCAUAAUAAAUGCAACUGGUAACUGCACCAUGGUUGGAAAGGAGACAAGUGGUGUUUCCACUUACAAACACAUACACCUGAUCGUAUCCGAUCCAUCCACGACGCCGAAUAAUUCUGAUAGCAGCACGUCGACUGAAAAGCAGACUGAAGAUUUCCACACGACAUCGAUCGCCAUCAUGGCUUCAUGUGGUGCUCUGGCACUCAUCCUGAUUGUGUUUGCUCUGUAUUGCGGCUACCAUCGUUUAUCCUACAGGAAGAACCAGCAACACCUGACUGAAGAGCUGCAGACGGUGGAGAACGGCUACCACGAUAACCCCACGCUGGAGGUCAUGGAGGUGCAGCAGGAGAUGCCGGAAAAGAAGCCGGCACCGAACGGAGAGUUUAACGACAGCUGGAUCGUGCCCUUUGACAACCUCGCCAAAGACGACAUACCUGACGAAGAGGACACACACCUCUAAAGCGUGCAAGCCCAUCAGCUCUCCAAUCACGUUUCUCACAAGAGAAACGCCAUAAGCAGUCACAUCUCGUGCAUGACACAGACUGUGUACAGAUCACAAACAGCCAAAUAGCAAAUGGACUACAGGGUUCCCUUUUAUUUUCUUAGAAACCUGUAUUACUGCCAAAAGGGCACAAGCUGGAGUGAGAGAUUUAAGAAAAGUGCUCAAACUUAAUGGGAAAUGUUGAAAGAUAACCCCAGGCUAUUUACGCGCCACAAAGUUGCUCUUGAUUUUGGUGUCAGUUUAAUAAUCAUGUUAAAUCCAUGAGAUUUUUCUUUGAAAAAGAUUUUCUCACAUUGUUUCAGCCACAGAUAAACAUUUUUCACUUAUAAUACUUAAGAGAAAUGUACACUGCUGCACCUGUAUAUAGUUUUUUUUUAGUAUGUUCAUAGCACGUUUAGAGACCAAUGGAUAAAUGUUGAUCAUCCUGGAUUUAGACUGUCUGUUAAUAAUUUAACGUGAUGACUUGAGUCAAAGAUUUAUCUCGUAAACAAAUUCCGAGCUGACUUUUGCAGCCAUCAGUCAAAUUUCACUUUGGAGAACAGAGUCCGAGAUUACCCACAAUGCCUGGUGACCUCUGAUCGAAGGACAGCGAUGCAGCAGUGAGUGCUUUAGAUGACUUGCAACCACGUGAUCAAAACGUGCUACGUCAUGAACGUCUGCCAUGAUGGUGGAUCUACAAAAAGGAACUAGGACGGCAGCUGCUGAAAGCGUGUCUGUAAACAAUGCUGAAUUUUCUCAGUAUUACCACGAUUUGAACAGUCGAGCGAAGAGUUGAUACAAAGAGAAGAUAGACGUGUGUGGUUUUGACCCAUAUUAUUUUAAAAAGUCAGACUUUUCUGAAGAUAAGACGCUUCUACCGACCAUCGAGUACCCAGAUAUCGCGUUCUAUCUGAUUCGGCUGCCGAAGAAUCAAGUCUGAUCUUGGACGAAACGUCGCCCAUGUUCUGAGUGGGUGCCCAGUCUGGAUUGUUUCUAUCGUAUAAUUUUGCUGGCACUCCGAGAAGCGAAAUGGUAAUACACGUGUUAAAAUAACAACAACGACCGAGUGAACCACGACAAGAGAACGCUCAUUUUAUAGCAAAAUUCUGGCAACACGAAAUAAAAUUCUUCCAUAUCAUCGAGAGCGCUUUUGAAUCUCACCUGAGAUAAAAUGAUCACUGCAAACACGAGCUGUUUCGGUUUUAGCCUCUGUUAGAUCAGCCCUGCCGAUGUUGUUCAGCCGUGCUCGUCUCCUCUCCGUACUAAGCCUUAGAGUUUCCUCGCCCUCUUUCCGAAUCACGGACGGAAUUAUAAAAAAAUCGGAAUGUGCCACGGUCACGAGUACUGCUGUGACCGCAACCAUAUACAGCACAAAGAUAUGGCAGAGCUAAAAGAACGUUUAAAGGAGAUACGCAGAGCCAUGGCCUCACUUUCGUUUAUAAACGCCUUGAGACGUCAAGAACGGCACAGGAAUAGUUAAGCGUUAACAACAGAUCUAAUAUAGUAAUUUUUACGAUUAAAGUGAUUCAUAUAAGUAGCGGUCUGAGCGAAUGACCUUGUCAUCUGUGACCUCACCGCAGGAAGUCUAUCAGUCUCAUCGCCAUUUCCGCUAUACUAAAACGCAGAGCUGACUGCAACUCCGAUCCUCCAUUUUGAGCCAAUUUAUCGGCAUGCCACGUAGAUGUGUUGCUGGCGGGUGCAGCAACAUGACAGAAGGUGGAUUUAUGUUGCAUUCAUAGCCCGAGAAUGUUCAAACUGCAAAGAUCUGGACGCGUUUUGCGAGAAGUUCACGGGCGGCUACGAAGUGGUCUGUCCUCUGCUCUGCACAUUUUACUGAAGACUCGUACGAGACCUCUGAUCUGUUGAGGAGCGUUGGCUAUAAGCCCGUAUUGAAAGAGGGGGCAGUACCAAGAAUUAAAGGAAAAGAAAAACUACAAGUUUUUUUUUUUUUUUAAAAAGGAAAGAAAGUUCAGUUGCACCAGUUCUCCCAGAGCGUGAGCCGAGGGUUGCUGCUAAAACCUGGGCCGGAACGCGACGUAUCGCUCAGGCAGUGACCUCCCAGCGGUUGUUGCGAAAACCGGUGACGUCCCGUCCCAGGUUUUAGUAAUUGCCUGAGCCGAGCAGUAAUGGCGGAGUACUCAAUAUGGAGAAAAUGGAGAAUGAGUGGACCAGCCGUCUGAUUUCUCCGCUGGAUAUGCUUGCCUCAGCAGACAUAUCUCGCCCUUACAUGGAAAAAGCGAAUAAAUGAAGAACUGAAAGUCAGAUUGUUUCAAAACAAUCGGCCACAAGAAGUGAGAACACAGGCUAUCCGUCUGCGUUCUCACUUCUUGAAGGCCGACUCAUUUGGAUAUAAAAUAACAAAACUUGUUCACCUGCAUUUAGAUAAAUCCAUGUAACUUGUAUUGUGUUUAAGUUACCGGUAUAAGAUUAUUUAAUUUGCUUCAGAAUGUGAUCGUCUCAGUUCAUCCGAUUAUUUAAUUAGCCUUUUACGUUUUAUCAGUGAAAAUGCAUGCAUGUACAUGUCUGUUGCAUAAGUUAUAGCACCUAUCCUGUUUUAAUGAGAGUCAACCCACAAUCAAUCAAUGAAGUCAAAUCAGUCUUAGUUGAGCAAGUCGGUGACGGUAUUUCUUACUUUCACCAUAAAUCUUUAAUUCAUAUGACUUUGGUCUCAAGCUGUAAAAGGCCUCGGCCUUAAAGGAACAGUCCACCAUACUUCCAUCAUGAAA